GCCUGCCACCACCUAGAUUCCAAAGGAAUUAGGCAGGGGCGUAGCAAGGUUGGAGUGGGCCCAGAGACAAGAUUUUAAAAUGCCCCCCCGCUCACUGAAGCUCAGCUCAUGAAGUAAAGAAAUCUUAAAUAAGGCUGAAUAGUGGUAACAGUUUUGUAAAUUGUGGACAAUGCAAGUCAUUUAAUGAUAGUAUAGAAAGACACGCUGUUCUGGUAGCUCCAGGUCUAAACACUCACAUCAAUUUCGGAGGAUGAAUACAACUGAAGGAAGCCCGGGCUGGUGCGCGUCUGGGAGAGUCAGUCAUGUGACUUGCCUCGGGGGGGCCCCAAGGCAGUGGGCCCCCAGACAACUGUCUCCCCUUGCCCUAUUAUAGUUACGCCCCUGGAAUUGGGCAAAGGACUUAUUUUUGGUGAUUUGCUGAAGUUUACAUACCUUUAAGGUUUUUCUCCAUAGGGAAUGAUGGAUGUUUCAGCAGCCCCAUAAACUGCACUUGGUGGGCACUGGGGUGGCCCAGAGCGAGUGGUGGUGUAGUGCACAGAGGGUUCCAACCACCCCCAUGGGUUGCUAACCCACGGGGUACAGGGUUUUGUUGUUUCUCAGGUGUUCUGAGUGUAGAUUCUCUGAUAGCAUAUGAGAUUUUCAAUGACAAACCAUGAAUCCACUCGCAUUGCUACCAAAGAAUCUACACUUAGGACACCUCAGAAACAUUUUACCUUUAGCAUAUUUUACCUUUAGGUGGGCAUGACAUUUUACUUCAGCUCCAGCAGGUGGCACUAUCUGCUGCUAGGAGGCAAAGGCACUUGGCUGUCAUGCAUUCCUAUCCUAACAGAGUCUUCUCAGUUAUUGCUUCCAGGGCUUGGAACGCCCUUUCAGUGGGCAUCUGCUCCUCUGUCUCGAUCACAGUUUUUACAAAGCAGUGUAUGGUUCCUAAUUCCUUUUGCUAUCUGCCUCAGUCUCCUGGGACAAUUCAAUGGUAAAGAAUAAGCUGAAGUAAAUCAAUGAUGGAUACGUCACCUUAAGUCGCUCAGCAGGGAAAUGCUUGACUAACAAGCAGAAGGUUGCAGGUUCAAAUCACCGCUGGUACUAUAUCGGAAGAUGCUGAAAGCCAUCAUCUCAUACUGCGCGGGAGGAGGCAAUGGUGAUGGAUUUUGAAUCUAGUUCAGAUGCCUUUGACCCAAAGACACUCAAGCGCUCCAAACUGGUGGAGGUUGAAGGAGUCCCUUUGCUUGGCUUAAUAGCAGAGAACUGGGGUCCCACCUGGAACUUUAAAGCCCGGCCUGAUGAUCUUCUCAUCUGCACUUACCCCAAAGCAGGGACUACGUGGACUCAGGAAAUUGUGGACAUGAUCCAGCAUGGAGGGGACCCACAGAUAUGUGCUCGGGCCCCCAUCUACAAACGGAUACCCUUCAUAGAGAUGUGCCAGCCAAAGCCCAUCCCUUCAGGUAUCGAACAGGCGGAUGCAAUGCCUUCUCCGCGCACCCUUAAAUCUCACCUCCCUGUUCACCUUCUGCCACCUUCCUUCUGGGAACAGAACUGCAAGAUCAUUUAUGUGGCCAGGAAUGCCAAGGACACUGCAGUCUCCUAUUUCCACUUCCACUGCAUGGACAAGUGGCUACCUGAACCUGGAAACUGGAAUCAGUUUCUGGAUAAUUUCCUUGCUGGGAAGGUCACGUGGGGCUCGUGGUUUGACCAUGUUCUUGGUUGGUGGGAAGCCAAGGACCGUCACCACAUUCUGUACCUCUUCUAUGAAGACAUGAAAGAGGAUCCAGCAGAGGAAAUCCAGAAGAUAGCCCAAUUCCUGGGCCUAGAGCUCCCAGAACCAGUUCUGAACCGAAUUGUGCAGCACACAAUGUUCAAGAACAUGAAAGCAAACCCCAUGGCGAAUUACACCACUAUGCCUACUUGGCACAUGGACCAAGCUGUGUCACCCUUCAUGAGAAAAGGCAUCGUAGGCGACUGGAAGAAGCACUUUCUAGUGGAUCAAAGUGAACGGCUGGAUGACAUCUAUGCCCAUAAACUGGGGGGAAGCAGUCUGACCUUCCGAACACAACUAUAAGCACACGUUUAUGCCCACACUGAAACUUUUCCAGAAUGAAUCUGAAGUGCUAAUUUAGAUGUGCUUAACAAAAUAAACCUUGAAGCAAAAAGCAGGGACAAAUCACAGAUAAUUUUUAAGAAGUUCUUGGCUUUUGUAAAUGAAUUUUAAUGAAA